AUGGCCCUCCCCCUUCAGAUCUCCGCCCGGUGCUGCCGAAAUGCCCUCCGGCAAUCUCCCGCCGUGGUUCGAGCCGCCGCCCCAGCAUACUCGGCGUCGCGAGCCCGCCGAUGGCAAUCGACAGACGCCGCCGCUGCCGCGGCGGCGCCCGUCAACCCCAAGAUCACGCAGAUUGUGGACCAGAUCAGCCAAUUGACGCUGCUGGAAACCGCUGAUUUGGUGUCGAGUUUGAAGACCCGUCUGAACAUCCCCGACCUCCCCGUAGGCGGCUUCGCCAUGCCGGCCGGAGGACCCGGCGCCGGAGCCGCGGCCGCCGUGGAGGAAGACGACCCUGCGCCCGCGGCGCAGGAGAAGACGCUCUUCAACCUCAAACUGGAGUCAUUCGAGGCCACGUCCAAGGCCAAGGUGAUCAAGGAGGUCAAGUCGCUGCUGGGCCUGAGUUUGGUGGAAAGCAAGAAGUUCGUCGAGAGCGUGCCCAAGGUCUUGAAGGAGAGCGUGCCUAAGGAGGAGGCUGAGAAGAUUGUCGAGACUCUGAAGGCCUUGGGCGCGAAGGCGGUAAUGGAGUAG